CGAUAACGACGACGAUCACUCCUUCUUCUCGAUCCAUAUCGCCUUGUUCAAGCCCCCAUCGUACGAGUGAUGGCAUCAGACGACCCCCAGAGGUCAUCAAUACAUGCCGCCCUGCAAGAGCCGCCUCACGACGUUCAGCUCCCCCCGGCUCCCUCCCCUCCCUCUCAGCCUCCCCACGUGCGCUUCGGCGGUGCGGAUGGGCACUCCCAGGUUCAGGACGACCUCGCAGCUCUGAAGGAUGUCAAGGCAAAGCUGAGCUCAUAUACCACGCUAUGGUCAGCAAAGGCGAGAGAGACGACCGUAGUGCGGGGAAGGCAGGGUAGCGUUCUGACCAGAGGCCUCGUGCUCAAGACGGACCAGUUCCAGGGCACCAGAGUCCAACCCGCGAGCCUUGACCUUUCGCUCCAAGGCGCUCCAUGCUUUCGCAAAGCUGACACUCCUACCGAAGUGUACGGCGUGGCUCAACCAACAAUCACCGGCAUCAAGACGAUCUUGACCGUGUUAGAGGUCACGCCCCUCAACCCAAUGUUCACUCCGAGCAACGGAACGGCAUCCAGGCAGUGGACGCGCUCUGCCUCUCACUCAGAAGCUACCCUGGCUUCCUCAUCGCCACGGCCUUCCUUUAUCUCCCCUCCGUUGAAGCCGCACAAAUCGGGAAGCAGGCAUGUCUCUGGCACUCUGAGCCCGGGAGGGCCACACAGCUACGAUAAUGAUGCUCUGGGCGGACGGAGAUCUUCGAACUCGACUCCUCCCGCUCGCUCGCCCAAUCUCGGUCCUCAAGGAUACCAUGCACCUCAGCAGGAGCCAAGGCAAGCUGUAUGGUUCUGUACUAGAGACGAGCCUGUCUUGUACAUUGGCGCGCGCCCUUUCGUCUUGCGCGAGCACAGUAACCCUGCCAGCUCUUUCUCGCUAUCAUCAAGAGCUGAAAAUCUGCAGGCUAUCGAGACUCGCCUGAAGGCGGAUGUGAUCAGAGAGGCAAGCAGGUUCGGAGGUCUCAUUAUGUGCCACGAGGAGGAAGGUGGAUAUAUGGAGAGCGAGGGUCCUUCUCUGAAGCCGACCUGGAUCGCUGUAGAUGAGGAGAGCGUCAAAACUAUCAAGGAGGUAUUUGAUGACCUCAGAUCGCAAGGAUGGCGUGUUGAUUACCACAGAGUACCAAUCGGACAGGACCAGCCCAUUGAGCACAAUUAUCUCGACGCAUAUACUCGCAUCUUGCGCAACCUGGACCCCCUGCGCACUUGUGUAGUCGCGAACUGUGGCGCAGGUUUCACUCGUACCACCUUCGCCAUGGUAGCAGCGCAGAUUGUGCGCCGGCGUCAGCUCAUUCUGCUGGGCAAGCCCGACCCCUUUGACCUCACUGAAGGCGGAGGGGCCUCCUUGGCCGAGAUGACUGCUUCCCCGAGACCUGAUGCGGUGCGUCGCAACGUCGACAACAAAGCGAAUGCAUCGAUGGCCAAGCGCUUGCGGGCUACAUAUGAGAAGCAAGUUCAAGCGCAGGCUCUCUUGCGACUUGUCAAGCUGCUUGGCACUGCCGGCUCUACUGCUCCUGUUGAUUUACUUCUGGGGAGCCCUGGUCUACUCGAUCCUCUCAGGCGGGCGUUGGUCGGUGAUCUCAAUAUCGUGCGCGCUCUGUGCGGUAUCCUAGAUGAAGGCCUCGACGACAAGGUCGUCGUCGAUGUCGCGAUCGACUCGGCUGCCCAUCUCACGAACUUGAGAGAAGAGAUCCUGCUCAAUCGUGCGAGCUAUGCACUGGCAGGGUCGGAGUCCAACAAUGCUCGUUCUCGAGUAGCAGCUCUUCAGCUAGACAAGGCAGUGCGGGCCCUUGAAAAAUACUUUUUCCUCUGUGCCUUUGCGUCCUACGUCUCUGGGUCUCAGAGCGCCAUCUUCGAGCAUAGCUUUGCAGAUUGGCUCAAGAAGAGGUCCGAGGUUUGGAACACUGUCAAGCGGAUACGUAGCAAAGGAAGACAGCUGUACCUUUUCGAUCCCGUGCAUGACCUGAGCCAGCUGACCUCAGCUCCGUCCCACUCGUCACGUUCGGCAAUCGGACUCCCCACCGGCAAAGACCAGAUGACGGCAGGGGAUGAGUUCGCACAGCACCAUGUCAGUACGCGGGCGGGUAUCGUGCUUCGGCCAGGUACCUUGCUCAAGGAAGAUAUCUGGCAGGCGCAAAGAGCCCAGCAACCCCACUUUGGGGUCAUGGAUGUCCCAGGCGCCAUCAAUCUACGGAGAGUACCCAAUACGUCCAUCUGGGCCACUGGUCAGCCUUCGGUGAACGGCAUCCGAAAUGUGCUGAGGUCCAUUGGCGAGCAGCUAGGACACUCUGAGCAGGCAGAUGCGGACAAGGAGGUCAAGAAGGUCGGCUGGAUCAACUUGCGAGAAGAGCCCAUCCUCUUCGUCUCCGGCAAGCCAUACGUCUUGCGAGACUCAACUCUAUCGUUGAGGAAUAUCAAAGCCUACGGAGGUAUCUCGUGGACAAGACUCCAGAUGGUGGAAGCACGUCUCAAGCAAGACGUGAUCAAUGAGCUGGAGCAGAACGAUGGUCGUCUGCUGCUGCACUCGGAGGAUGAGAAUGGCACUGUAUACCCUGUCUGGGCUGAAGUUCAGGCCGAUGAUGUGCAGACGUUGCAAGACGUAAUGGCGACUGUAGCAGGCGAGAUCGAAAGUGGCACGAUCCCGCUGGGCCCGUCGUCUGCGGAAGACGCCCCACACGACGCGGGCCAUGGCAGUGCUGGCUCUGCAGAGCUGAUGUUCCGCCGCAUUCCUUUAACAGCAGAGAAGUCGGCUGAUCUCGAAGACGUUGGGUCGAUUCUGGAGACGGUACUGAGAGCUCAAGGCAAUUUGAGCUCGAUUGUCAUCAACUGUCAGCUCGGACGAGGAAGAAGUACGCUGGCAUCGGUCAUCGUUCUUCUCAUCUCGCAGUGGCUCCACAAACACAGCAGCGGCCCAUCGGAAUCUCAGACUUCGCGUCUUGCCGAGCUUGACGGCGAUGACGAGCAGGCAGAGGAAGCUCCACAGAGUAGACCUCGCCUGAGCUACCAUCUCAUCAACAGUCUGCUCCGCGUGACACCUUAUGGUCUGCAAGUCAAAGAGACCGUCGAUGAUGCCGUGGACAGGGCAGGCUCCAUCAUCAACCUCAGGGACUCGAUCGAGGAGUCUCGACUGGCUGCGGAGGAGAUCGAAGACCCUGAGAGCCCUCAACGAAAGGCAAAGAUCUCGGCAGGGUGUCAAGCACUAAAGAGAUACUACUCUCUGAUCGUCUUCCAGGCGUAUCUCAAUGCUACUACACCCGAUACUAUUGAUGACAUGCCGACCUUUGAGUCAUUUGUACGUCGCCAGCCGGUGCUGAGCACGAUCAGCAAGGAGUUCGACAAGGUCAGCAUGGCCCUGAUUACUCCAUUGCAGCGGAUAGAGGCUGCGGAUGGAAUGGCGUUGGACGACGAGGUCAACGAAGUCGUUGCGAACCGUCAUGGCUCUAUCCUCACGGCGUACACUAUGCUCAAGUCUGACUUCUUCAGUGGUAUCGCCAAAGUCAGCCUGUCGCAGAUCGAAGGGAUUCCCAAUCUGCGAUCUGUGCCGCUUCUCAUCGCUCCCUCGACUGAAGACGGAGAAGUGACGGCUUCAGACCAGACGACUUAUGGCUCGGGCAUGCCUUCGAUUGAUGGUCUGCGCCGCGGUCUGAACAAGAUGGGCUGUCUCAACAAUGGCGAUGCGACGAACAAGACGUCCGUGUACUGGACGUCGCUCCGCGAAGAGCCGGUGUGCUACGUUCGAGGCCGACCUCAUGUUCUCCGUCUAGCUGAUCAGCCGCUGACGAACCUCGAGGCAACGGGUAUCACCACAGAGACGGUGGAGAGGCAAGAGAUUGCCCUCAAGAAUGACGUCCUCCAGGAAGCGGCAUCGCGCGACGGGCGGAUCCUGCUGCACGACGAAGUGGAGAUUGAGCCUGGUAAAUUCGACAUCAUCCCCGUAUGGGAGUCGAUCAAGCCUGGAGACGUUCUCACGCCUCGCGAGGUCUACGAGCUGGUGCAGCGCGAGGGUUAUCGCGUCGACUACGCGCGUGUGGCUGUGACUGACGAACAGGCCCCUGUGCCUGCCGUCUUCAGUGAAAUCGAGCAGCGGGUUCUCAAGGCGCUCAAGGACGACAACGGCGGCCACGGAGGGCACUCGAUCACUGCCUUCAAUUGUCAGAUGGGUCGAGGCCGAACGACCACGGGCAUGGUCAUUGCUAGCUUGAUCAGCACGGUUCACCAUUACGGAGAAGAACUGCUGAACGCAGACAUGGGAGCUAGCAUCGCUUUGUCCAACAAUGACGAAGACUUGGCCGCUAGCAUCACCGGUGGCCCUCGGAUGGACGGAGCGAAAGACUUCUUGGACAAUAGAGAAGACGAGCUAUGGCUGCAAGGAGAGUACCGCUCCAUCCUGCAGCUUGUCGGAGUUCUCUCUCACGGCAAGCUCGCCAAACGAUUGGUCGACUCUGCCAUCGAUCGCAUGGAGGCUGUACAGAAUUUGCGCAAGGCCAUCUACGACUCGAAGAUGAGGGCCGAGAAUGCCGAGCCGGGAAGCACGAAGCGCAGACACCUCACUACGGUCUGGACCAACUACCUGCAGCGAUACGCGCACCUAAUUGCUUUCUGCAACUAUCUGAUCGAGAAGAAGCGGGCACAACUAGAGGAAGAAGAGGAUGGAGGGGAUGGCGAAGAAGUAGGAGACGGAGAUGAGAGUGUGGGGACUACGGCUGGGAAUACGAGUGUGAGAGAGAGGAUUUGGGGAGGAGGGUCUAGCUCGCAGUUCCCUUCGUUUUUGACGUGGCUGAAGCCGAGGAGAGAAGUGGAAAGCAUCAUCAAGAACCAAAGCAGCUGAGGAGACAGAGCAAGGAGCCGCAAUACUGGAUACACAAGCGCUCGUCAUCAUCACCAUCAUCUGUACAUCAUUGUCUGCUUGUGUUCAAAUGCAAACAUCGCUACUCGC